GAUAAAUUCCUUUGAGCACUUUUCCCCCAGUUAUCCGCUCACGGUUACAGAGUCUUAUCCAGUCGGCCAAGCUAUGUAUUCCCCAGUGCACGGAAUGCAGCAGCCUCUGUUAUACGGGAUGCAGACUCCAACGAACCCGGUGCCUGGAUAUGAGGGAAUUGGCGGUGGGUUUCUUCCUCCUCCACCUAUCCAGCCAAUGCCAACUCCUGAUUCACAGCCAGCACACGACUGGAGUAUUCCUGCUCUUACCAAGGAAGAGGCGCAAGAGGUUUUUCACAACUUUGCAACGAGCGAUUGCUGUUAUUCAUCUGGUCCAGCUACAGAUGGCGUGAUCACCAAUAUGGAACAGUUCAACACCUACCGAUAUCGUCUGGAGACUUACACGGAAUCCAGAAAAACAGAGUGGGCCACCAAGCCUUAUGAGGGUCAGCCGUUGACUGCCUACACACAGAUUGCUCCUAAUCCAUGGGAAGUCCCGGUUCAAGUGCCAGCCAUGUUUACAAACUCUACUCAGGAUGUCAAAGUGCCCUACACAGAAUCAGUCAAGCCAUGUGACACAUGCUGUGCCUCGGGAAAAUGUCAGUGCACCAAGUGUCAUGGAUCCAAGACUAAACAAUGUUAUAUGUGUAGAGGCUCUGGGAAAGCUGCUGAAGGACAAGUCUGUGCAAAAUGCAAUGGCACAGGCGAAAUGAAGUGCCCUGAUUGUUCAGGUCAGGGAACAACUGAAUGUGAUACCUGCAAAGGGAAAAAGAAGCUAUUAAUGUAUAUCAAGCUUACAGUGGAAUGGAAAAACAAUGUUGACGAUUAUGUAGUGGAGCAGUCAAGUGGUCUGGAAAAAAAUAAACUGGAUGCAGUUACUGGGAAGAAGCUCCUCAAAGAUACCAAGUUCAUGGUGUAUCCUUUGAAUGGAUUCCCAGAAAUGAAUGUGGCUCAAGCUUCUGAUAGAAUGAUCAGGGAGCAUCACAGCAAAUUUUCCCAGACAUCACGCAUCAUCCAGCAGCAACAAAGUGUUGAGCUGAUUCCCAUCACUAAGGUGACAUACCGGUGGCAGGAAAAAGACUAUAUUUACUUUGUUUAUGGUACUGAGUUAAAGGUCAAAGCAAUUGACUAUCCAGCUACAUGUUGCUGCACUAUAAUUUAAAAAACCCAGAAGAAGCAUAAGAAGCAACUUCCAGGAUGAGUGACAUUCUCUGUUAUUAUUAUUAUCAUUUAAAGGAAUGGUUGGGUAAAAAAUUAACUUUAAACAUUUAUAGCAAAUAUAGCUGUUUUGACAUUUUUUGUGACUGAGUUUGCUUCUUAUGUUUUGCACUUGAGCUACAAAAAUGGAACAGUGUUGGUUCAGUGGUUAAAGUUAAAUACGGACAAUUGUGAGUUAAAAUUUUGCCAUAGAGUCACUGCUGGGCCCUUGAGAAAAAACCUGCCCAGGUGUAUGUUUGGAAUGGAUUCUGGUUCAUUUUUAAGUUGCUUUUGAUAGAAGUCAUAUCACUAUUCUUGUAGUCUUGUAGUUUUUUUUUGUGCUUAUGACCUAUUUAUUAUUUUUUGACAGAUUUUGAAAAUUCAGAAAAUGACUGUUGCAGUGCAAGUUGCCACUGAGUAGCGUGUGAUUUUCUACCAUUCAUGUAGCCUGUGUCUAAUGGCCUUAACUGUACAGUAUUCUUAACAGUGAACUAUGUCGUGAACAAAUACACAUCUUCUGUAUCUACAAUAUGUGAUUCAAUAUAAUUGUCUAUUACAAAUAAUGAACUCAAUAUAUUCUUCUAUUCACAGAAUAAUGUAGCCUUUAUUUCUAGCCUUCUCACUCCUUUCAAUCUACAUUCUAUCAGUUCAUGGCUUAAACUGUGGUUGAUUUUUCUCUUGAGAAAAAGAAAGUAGUGGGCACUAAAAAUGUAAGAUGAUUAUGUCAUUAAGAUCUAGCACCAUAUCAAUACAUCAUUGCUAUCUGGUUGCACAUCUGGUAGCCAUGUCUGUCUAUUAUUUAUUGCUAUGCUAUAUUUUUAUAAAUCAUCUUUAGGCAAUGUAAGAAUGAGCUUUUACAGUAAGUACUUGGGAAGAUGGGUUGCUUCUGUUUAUCUGUUUUUAAUGUUAAAAUUAAUCUAAAUAUAUGUAUGUGCUGCAGGUGUCAUAUGUAUCUAACCAUUGUCUCUGUAUACAUAAUUUACAUAUAAACCUGUAAACCAUAACGAGCGAGUGCUUAGCACACACUGAAAAUGAAUACUGACAAUAAAAAUGACCUGUCAAAGAUGAAA